AGCUGCCACGAUCAAUCGCUAUGUCAGCCGCGGAAAAACACAUAAUAGGUAGUCGAGCAAUCAAAGACACCAGUCUCAAGAGCAACUGAUAGAUUAGCACAGUGUAUGCUACAGGUGCGCUCAGCCAUCACAAAUUGUGUAUCUACAACAGGGAAGCUGUGAGCUGUGAGCUGUGAGCCGACACAGUAAAAUCCUCUCUGAGACUUAAUUUGAUAUAUGACGGAGUUGGUCUGACUGGUGUGUCUUGUCACCAGUCGAUGUCUCAGUGGGCGCCUCUCUGUUGCUGGUACUAAUUGAAACUUCAAAUUGUUGUGCGGUGGUUCAAGGACAACAUGGACAAGAAGAACGGAAUCAUAAAAGCUGAGAAGUACGACUCUUCACCUACGAAAGGAAAAGUUAAACUGAACGUUGGAGGUACCGUGUUCUUCACCACAAAGGAGACUUUAAACCAACACCCAGGAACACUUCUUUCCCAGUUGUGUUACUCAUCUUCCUUUUACGACAAGGUCAACGGGGAAUACUACUUUGAUAGAGAUCCCAUUUCCUUCGCCUGCAUCCUCAACUUCUAUCGUACAUCAGAGCUGCACCUCCCCACCAAUCUCUGUGGCAAUUCCUUGAGAAGGGAGCUGACGUUUUGGCAGGUGGAUGAGAACAAUGUUUCUGAAUGCUGCUGGAAACUCCUCCAUGAGACUGACCAAGGGAAGGCGGUCAUCGACACCCUCAACACUAAGCUGAAAGAUGACGACAUGAUUACAGAAGCGGCAGAGUCCUCUUGGAAGAUAUGGCAGAAACGGAUCUAUCUCUUCCUGGACAAACCUAAUUCCUCCAAAGCAGCAAAGAUAUGGAAUUACAUCUUCUUGCUGUUCAUAAUCGCCUCUGCAAUCAUCUACUGCGUGGAGACUGUUCCGGAGGCGAGGGUACUUCGGGCACAGAACGGUAAGCAGAGGAUCGGCCAGACAAUGCUGGAGCGGCUGGUCACUGACAAGGACAACAUCAAACUGAAAAUGAUCAUCGAAUCGGAACCACAUCCCAUCAUGUACUAUGUGGACAUCGUGUGUCUCUCUGUCUUCACCCUGGAGCUCAUCAUCCACUUCAUCACUUACCCCAAGAAGGCUAGGUUCUUCAGAAAGUUUCUAAACUGGAUCGACAUCAUUACAGUGUCCAUGGGAUGGGUCGUGUUCUUUAUGGAGAGAGGUUUUCAUGAGGGAAUAUUAGUUCUCUCACUGGAGCUGUACAUCGCCUAUCUAAUGCUCAAGAGUCUGUACAUAUUGAGAUUGUUCCGAUUCUUCCGCUUGGCUGAGCGUUUCACGGGUCUCAAGGUCAUGAUGUUAGCCGUCAAAUCCAGCCUGACUGAACUCUCGCUGCUGCUCUUUUCGAUCAUGGUUCUAGCCACGAUGUUUGGGUCGUUUGAGUUCUACUGUGAGUUCGACAACAACCACUUCGAUACAAUCCCAAUCUCCAUCUGGUGGGCACUGGUUACCAUGACAACCGUGGGCUACGGCGACUACUACCCAACCUCCUACUGUGGGCGUGGCAUGGGAACGAUGUGUGCCCUGAGUGGCCUCCUCAUCCUUGCCAUGCCCAUUGCUGUCAUAGCAACCAACUUCAAUGAGUACUAUUCCAGGAACCAGUGUCGGGAGAAGAAGAAGAAGAAACAUGGAUGGGCCGAGGGCAUGGGGCAAGUUGGAAUAACGUUUGUUAAGAAGAUUUGAAGCCACGAAGUGUGUAUUCAAAGGAAGGAUUGGCUACGAUAAAAAAAGGACACUUCUGUAAUGCGUACCGAUCAUUUUCAGAUGACAGUCUUCACGUGACUUUUCUAAUCCACUAAGUGGAUAUUGCCUAAUGAUAUCUGUCUGUUAUUGCCCUGUGCAUGUCUGUGUGUUAUUGUCCAGUGAUGUCUGUCUGCAGCUGCUAUUGCCCUGUGCAUGUCUAUCUGUUAUUGCCCUGUGCUUGUCUAUGUGACAAUGUACAUUAUAGCUAAAAUGUAUAGAAUUAUCAUUAAACCGCCCGCAUGUUAUCAGAAAUGAGCGAGCCACUGUAACUUGAUAAUGCCCUCAUAUUGCUUGACAAAGGGCCAUUAU